GAUAUGACUACAAAAACCUGAGGCAUACGACGGAUCAUGUAAUUUGUAGCGUACUGUGGCUGGAGCCCCGAAACUCGGCAAAUUCGGGAUUGUAUCCCCGAGCUACGAUCAUGGCCGGCCGAGCGGAGCAAAAUGGAAUCGAGGAAAAUCGAUGGAAUCUAAAGAAAUCUCUAUUAAAUGCGUCGAUACAU